AGGAGUCACUUGUCAUCAAUAUAAGGGUCCCUCUUUGCCAGCUAAGGCUACAGGAAUAUUGGGAGGAGAGAACCUGACAGGGCCUGCACUCAGAAGAGAGCCCAGCCCAUUACACUUGCCUAGAGAGUCCAGCUGGCCUCAGUGGAAACUGAGAAGAAGACCAACGCAGAAAGAGGGAGAGAGGGAGGAAGAGAGAGAAGAUGCGGACCUUCAUCAUUCUUGCGUUCCUAGCUGUCCUGAUGGCAGCAGCUUUCUGCUAUGAGUCUCACGAGAGUAUGGAAUCACAUGAAUUUGCAAGUCCUUUCAUUAACAGAAGAAAUGCCUACAAUUUCAUGAGGACUCCGCCCAGAAGGAAUUCUGUUAUACAGGAAAGGAUCAGAGAACGCAACAAGACCCCCCAGGAACGUCAGCGGGAGAUCUGCGAGGACUACAAUCCCUGUGAGCGUUAUGCUCUGCGCCACGGCUAUGCUGCUGCCUACAGGCGUUUCUUUGGGCUGAGAAGGGGCUAGUGAAACAGGAAUCAGCUUGUCCAGGGCCUGGAGCCUGGGUUCUGUAUCUACAAAGAGUGACAACCUCUGAAAUGUAUUAAGUUGCUUGUCCAUUGUAUGUUAUUCCACCUGCUGCUUCAAUUCUUCUGUAGCCAAUGAUUCCUAGAUUCUGUGUUAAUUAGCACAAUGCUGAUGUAGUGGUGGCUGGACAGAGAAGGAUGUGGGUGUUUUAAGAAAUAAACAGCUGGUUUGAUACAGUUUGUUUAUAACUCAG